AUGGUGAGUACAUCCAAAGACAGUGGCUGCUUUACUCUCCAUCCUCCGGAGCUGUGUCGCAUUUUCAGCGAUGCUAAUUGUCACUCAUGCUUUGAAACGGGUUUCAGUGACUGGAAGCACCCAUCAGAACGCAUGAAAGAGCAUGAAAACAGCGAACAUCACCGAAAAGCAAUGCUGACGUAUAUUGCACUUGCAACAGCCAGCGGAAGGAUAGACAGAGAACUGCAGAAACAAUUUGAAUCGGAGUGUGCUUAUUGGACUGAAGUGUUGAGAAGAUUUGUGUCUGUUGUCAAGUUUUUGGCAGAGAGAGGACUCGCUCUUAGAGGCUCCAGUGACAUUUUUGGCCGAACUGAUAAUGGGAAUUAUCUAGGUAUUCUGGAGUUAAUCAGCGAGUUUGAUCCCUUUUUGAAGUCUCACAUAGAAAAAUAUGUAAAUGCAGGUGCAGGGACACCCUCAUAUCUUUCUUCCAAAACAUGUGAGGAGUUUAUUCAGCUGAUGGGUGAUCAUGUUCUAUCAGAAAUAGUCAGUGAAGUAAAAAUGGCGAAAUACUUCUCCAUCAGUGUUGACUCCACGCCAGAUGUGGCACAUGUUGAUCAGCUAACAUUUGUGUUAAGAUAUGUGUCACCUGAAUGA